GUUAUAGGCCGUCAUGAAACCUUUGUGUUUUACCUUCGGGCAUUGUAACAGGAAAACCUCAUCUUUCAUAUGACCUUGAGCGAAGAGGCGCCUUUUUUCAACCACAAGGUAGCAGCUGGAAAUCAUUGACACGCUAAUAUUACAUUCAGAUGCACUCUGAAGAAUACACUUCAUUUCUGACUGAAUUGCAAUUUUGUUAAUUCAAUUCAUCUGAUAAACGCUGGUUGCACUAUAUCCAAGGUCACUUAGUGAACUGUUCCUGCCCACCCCCCCAAUGGAAACAAAAAGUGGUCGAUUAACAGCCUCUGACGACUGUAGUGAUUCACUUGAAGUAAACGGUGAUCCACAUAGAAUAUGGCUAGGUUGUUUACCGACACGCAUCACAGAAUUUGCAGUUCUACAGUUAGCUAAACAGUUCGGAGAAUUGUCAGAUUUCCAUUUCCCUGUACAUAAAACUGGUGAUUUGCAAGGAUCUACUGUUGGUUAUUGCUUUCUGACGUAUAAAUCAAUUGACGAUGCUAAAAAGGCAUGGAAAGGGUUAGAUGGUUUAAACUUUCAUGGAUACACAUUAGUUGCACGACCAGCUAGACCAACUAAAGAUGAAUUAACAGUUGCACAACGUGCAUCUGAUGAAGCUACAAAACUUCGGAUAAUUGAAGAGGCUAAACAACGUGAAGCUCAAUUAGCCAUUUUAAUGGGUAUAUAUGAUCCUCCUAUGCAGCUUAUGUCAUCUACACAUUUGAAUGAAUGUUUUGAUAAGACAAUUCCAAUGGAAAAUAGUCUAAAUACACCUACAAUUUCAUCAUCUAAUGAUACCUUUACAAAUUCUUCAUCACUUCUGUCUUCCCGUGUUUCUAUACCGGAUUUAUAUGGAAAACUUGGCUUAAAUCAGAAUUGUCAACAGUCUACAUCUCAUGGUGGUACAAAUUUAAGGCCUACUACUACUACUGCUACUGUUAUAAACAAUACUCAUCGAUCAAAGCAUCAAGUAGAGACUAAAGCAGCUAUCCAUCGACUAGAAAUGGCUUUAAAACAACUUGAAAAGACACCAGUCGGUGGAGCAGACUCACUGAAACCAAUCACUGAUGGUCAUAAUCCUUAUUCUGGUGCAUUAGUAUUAAAAUCAAAUCAGAAAAAUCUCAGCGCUCGUCCCCAGUCAGCAUCAUCAACAUCGGCGACGGCGACAGUUGGAUCAUUAUAUGGCCGAAAUCAAACAAAGUCGCACAAUCACGGAUUAUUGUUGAAACAUAACAGGCUAUUGAAUUCAGAAAAACUUUGCAAAUCACCUACUAAAACACUUCAUCAGCAUUGUUCUAGACCAAAUAGUCAAGUGAUAAAAAGGCACAGUCAGAAACGAGAUCUUAUUUCACGUCAUUUCUAAAAAUAUGUUUUUUUCUUUGAUUUUGGUUCUCUGUUAUCCUGUAUAGUUUAAUUUCUUUUCUUUUGUGUAAUAUUAGUAGUAAUAGUAGUAGUACUACAGCUGAAAACCUUGAAUUGAAUUUUUCUCUUUGACAGUAUUUAUCUGUCCACUUUGGUGAUAUAAACGCUAGUGCUGAAGUGUUUAUGAUUUGACCCCACCCGACCUCCAUCUCAUUCUUUCAACUCUAUGGCUUAUAAAUAGCUAACUGAUGAUAAGAAAUUAUUGUUAUUCUAGCCUACCUGAAGAGUAGUGUUGAUUGAUUGGUAUGUAGACCACUUGUUGUUGUUGUUGUUGUUGCCUAGUGUUGCAACACACACACAGACGCACAUAUACUGCUUACACUUGUACAGUAACAUUUACUAAUCGACUUUUCUUUGAGGAAUCGUUUUUUUCUUUCCAAUAUAUUAUAUUUCCUUUAUUAUUAUUAUUAUUAUUGCUUCUUAUUCUCUAAUAAUGUUAUUCGUCAUUUCUUUGUUUGUGUGUGUGCGUGAAUGUUUGUUUAUUGGUGAGAUAAUUGUUUAUUAUAUAUAUGAGGUGGUUCCAUAGAAAAAUCUUUAUUAGUUUUGCUCUGAUUCUUAUUGUUUAUGCGUGAUAGAAUUAAUAAACAAAUAGUUCUUAUCAA